AUGACUACUGUACCCGGUGGUGCUAACAAUGCCAUCGAGAAACAGGACAAUGGCCAUGCCGAUCCGAUACUGUCCUACGAGAAAGGCGCUCCUGGGCUAGGAUGCAGCUCUCAAGAUGGGCGACGCCCCCAUCCAGACCCAUCCCCGAAAGGCCGAGAUAUCUGGCAGGAGUUGUCAUCUGGCGCAGAUCCAAGGAGUAUGCAUUUUGGCGCUGCUCACGAAUGGCGGGCAGACGGCGUGAACUUUCAGCCUUUUUCUGCCAGUCAAUCACAAGACCGAUACGUUAUUCAACAAAUCGACGUCAAUGGGCAUCAAUGGGCAUUAACUGGAGUGUUCGAUGGACACCUGGGAGAUGCCACAGUCGAACAUUGCGCUUACCAUUUGCCGAUCAUCGUACGCGAAUUUUUGGAAGAAAUUCUCAAAAAACACGGCGAUCGCGCCAUCCCUCCUCCACUGAUAGCGGACCUGCUCUCGCGCGCGAUGACUUCUUUUGACGAUGCAAUUGCUAAUGAUGUUCUUGAGUUGUUUCCUGGGGGUUUAUCCUCGCUAUCCAAAUUCUCCGAUCAGCAGAUUCAACAUGUCAUCAACGAUCAAUUAUAUGGCGGGAUAAAUUACAAAAAGGCACGACUGUGCAUGUAUGGCACUACUGCGCUCGUAGCACUUAUAGAUCCAGAUCAUCGUAAUUUGUGGAUCGCAAACCUGGGAGAUUGUCAAGGAACCGUUAUAACAGAAACGUCUCCCGACGAAUGGAAAAUCGACAUUUUGACAACUGUUCAUAAUGGGGAUAACCACCUGGAAGUUCGGCGCGUUAAACGCGAGCAUCCCGGAGAACUAGACUGCGUUCGUGACGGACGAGUUCUUGGAGCCAUUGCUCCUUUCCGAUGUAUAGGAGAUACUCCUUUCAAGCAGCCUCCUGAAUUUACUCGACGGAUACUUUAUAACCUGUAUCCAGGUUACCACGAUAAGUCUCCUUGGGAAGAGUUUUUAGUGCGAAACCAUACACCUCCAUAUAUCUCAGCGACGCCAGAGGUAACUCACUAUGCCCUUGACGCCAGAUGGGCGGGCUCUGGGCAUCCUCAUCCACCUCGCAGAUAUCUUGUACUGUGUUCCGACGGAUUCGCAGACCUUUGUGGCUCACAGCAUGAUAAAGUACUCAGAGAGUGGGCGCGAAAUGGUGGCAAGCGAGGUACUGCGGCUGGGGCAAAGCCGCAGAAUAUGGCUUUGCGGUUAUUAUGGCAAGCUCUGGGGGGCGAUGACAAGCACGUUUCAAGCGUAUUGGAGCAAGGCAAGCAUGCUUAUUGCUUGGACGAUACCUCAAUCAUUGUACAGAGUAUCUGA